UCACACUUCCUCUGUUGGCCAUUUUCGAUCGUACGAGUUUUUUCCAGAUUAGAACGGAGUGAGCGCAUAGUGACAGGUCUGGUUUAUAAGUUAAAUGAUGUUUCUGUUGUUGAAUGAUCCAUAAAUGUGCGUUCUACGAAAUAUGAACAGCGAUAUGAGUAGGAAGAAAUGUUUAAAUGUGUUUCCAACAACGUCAGCUUCAUGAUCGUGAUGCAACUUAACAAGUUCACUGACAGGUGAAGAGUUUGUUUUCUACCAAGGAACUACAUAUUUGUGAUCUAAUCAUUAGAGGGAUAUAAACUCUGUAUAAAAAAUGGCUAGCACCAGCCAUUCAGAUAAUAUUGAUGUGUAUUCUAUAACAGAGAGCCCAAUUAUUGAACAGCCCAAAUCUGUAGAUCAAAUUACUUUAGACAGUGACUUUUCUGAAGGGGAGGAUGAUCUUACUUUAUCUCAGAAGGAUGCUUCACGGAAAUCAGAAUCAGGAAAACUCUUGUUUACGAAGAGAUUUAGAAGAAUAAGAGGAAAUCCUGAUGAAGAUGGCGAUGAUGAUGAUCUAAAAGUAUCUCGCCAUUCCAGGGUGGAUGAUUUCUUAUCAGGGACAUGCAAAGCUGCCGAACAAGCCGAGGAAUUUGUAAAGAAAGUCUGGGCUGCCGGCUGGAGGGUUGUUCACCACCGCUCCCUCCCAGACUGGCUUCAGGACAAUGACUUUCUUCACACGGGCCAUCGCCCACCAACCAACUCAUUUCUUGUUUGUUUCAAAUCUAUUUUUAGAAUUCACACUGAAACUGGAAACAUAUGGACACAUUUAUUAGGGAUGAUAGCGUUUAUUGGAAUAGCCAGUUAUUUCCUAACUAGGCCGUCUGUUGAAGUUCAGUGGCAGGAGAAGGCCGUUUUCUCAGCAUUUUUUGCAGGCGCCAUUCUUUGUUUGGGAUUCUCGUGGAUAUUUCACACAGUAUUUUGUCACAGUGAAAGAAUUGGAAAACUCUUCAACAAGUUGGACUACUGUGGUAUAGCUCUGCUGACGAUGGGGUCGUUUGUUCCGUGGUUGUAUUACAGCUUCUACUGUCGGAUAGCACCCAAAAUUGCUUACCUGGUACUCAUAUUUGUCCUAGGAACGUGUUGUAUAGUUGUGUCUCUCUGGGACAAGUUUGCUGAACCAGAAUUUAGGGGAAUUAGGGCAGGUGUUUUUAUUGCCCUGGGUUUAAGUGGGGUGGUGCCUGCCAUGCAUUAUGUAAGCAUUGAGGGAUUUAACAAUGCAAUUAACUUCGCUGCCCUGGGAUGGCUGUGUCUGAUGGCCCUGCUGUAUAUAGUAGGAGCUCUGAUAUACGCCUUCAGAAUUCCAGAGAGAAUCUUUCCAGGAAAGUUUGAUAUUUGGUUUCAGAGCCACCAGAUCUUUCACAUGUUCGUUUUGGCAGCCGCGCUGGUCCACUUUCACGGGAUUUCUAAGAUAGCCAAUUACAGACUGACACUAGGAGAGUGUCUGGACAGUGAAUUGGUAGAAUCGUAAUUCCCUCAUUGAAAAUGGAAUCUUUCACCAAGUUAAUGUGUGUUUCCACUACAGAAAUGUAUAAUGUGAUAUCUAUAUGACGAUAUUAUCAGUGUCGCCGUCAUGUUUUACACACGUAUUAGUUGAAUAUAUUUGAUUUUUAGUCUUUGACAUACAGAGGUUUGUUACUAAACAAUUGGCUAUUUCAAUAACUACAUUAUUAAGCAGGAUUAUACAUCAUUGUGAUAUUAAGCACAUUUAACAACAAUUGCCAUGCAAUAUGAAGUACAUUUGCUGAAUAGCUUUUUCUUGUCAAAAUAAUAUGCAAUGAAAAGAAGUUUUGAUACAUGUAUAUCUCUGGGUUUUUUUCAAAAGAUACAGAUUUUACAUAAUACUGGGUGUUUACUGUGUGUACAGCACAUACCAGGAAAUGGUGACAUUUUAAGUUUCAAGGAAGUUGAUAUUUACUCUUAAUGACAGACUAAAUGCAGUAGUUAGAUAAUAUUGACUUGAAUAUAUCAAAGAAAUAUAGUGACUUUUGGCAUCAUGUACAUUAUUUACAAAUAUUUAUUAUCAUCAUCAUUAAUCGGAUUCCAUUACAAAUUGUGAUGUAUUUCAUGUAGAAAUACAGUUUAAUUAUUGUCACUUUAAAAGUUUUCAUUUUAUUCUUUUUCAACUUGCAAUUGUCCUAAAAUGUAGAAUUGUUAUUUCAUUUUUGGUUUAUGGAAUUUAGUAUUUUUGAUAUGAUCAAUAUUAUGAAUGUUUUCGAUAGAAAACUACACUUGCAGUAUGUGGGCUGAAAAGGAAAAUCACUAGCAUAAAUUUUCAUUUUUGUUGUGAUAUUAAUUUUAUGUUCAUGCAGAACAGAUAGAUCUGUAAGUUUCAGCAAGUUAAUUGCAUAAAUGGAAGGGAAAAGUUGUGUUGUUAAGAGUAUAAGACAUGAUAUACCUUAUCUCCUGGUGUGAUUUAUCAAUUUGGCCAUAAUUUUGGAAGUUUUCAUUCUGGUUCAUGGUGAUACGUUUAAAGAUUUAAAACAAAUGCAUGUUGUAUUUUACUUUAGAAUUCACGUUGAAUCUUAAUUACUUUCAAAACUAAUGAUUUAAGUUCUUUGGCACUUAAAAGAUUUCUCCUGCCAUAGGAAAUAACCUUGUCGGUGGUUUUUAAUUACUGUCCAUAUUUCCUCAAAGUAUUAAAAAUUUGAAAAUGACACAAAAUCUAGAAUUGUUCACAGAUUAGAUCCCCUUCAUGAUUUUUAAGUUUUUUCCCCUCCAGGCUGGCCGCAGGGUUUCACAUUUAUAUUUACUUACAUUAGGGUAUGCUUAAAGAAAUUCUUUUUUGUCCACAUGUGCUAUUUUUGUUCACGUGUGGUUUAUAACAUGUACUUUUCUUUGACCAGCCCACAUGUAAAUGGGUCUCCCACGUUCUGGAUUGUUUGUUGUUGAUGGUAUUUUACUACAGAAAUGUUUAUUAAAUCCAUGUUGAACUUGUUGAAUAAAUAUAAUAUACUGAC